AUGCCGCUGAAGCGAACACCCAUCAAGCACCAAGAGUCCACGUCAUCUGCAGGAAGCAAUCCGCCUGCUGCAACACCGAUUACCAGUAAUUCACCUUCAACUAGCGUUAAGAAGAUCAAGAAAGCGCAACGAUUGAUCAUGGAACAGGUAGAAGCAUUCGUCCACCAGCGUGGGCUGGCAAAAGGUAAGCUAACUAGAAUUUUAAACAUAUUGCAUGAAAACGAUGAGCUGCCAUCUUCUCAACUGCGAGUCUAUGCAAAGAAGAUAGACUCGGCGCACAAAGAAUACCACGACAUACAGGAGAAGAUGCUUCCUCUAAUUCCAUCCUCAAGUAGAGAAGAGCAUGAUGCACAUUUUUUGAUAUUUGAUGAGCUCCACGAUCAAGUACUAAUGGCUUUGGAAGACCAUAUGGAGCGUUUAAGUGUUGCUCCAGUAGGUUCCAACCCAAACGUAGCCGCUCCGCUUCGGAACCCAGUGAUGGUUCAGCAACCGUUGAAGGUACCGAUUCCGACUUUCGACGGUAAGUACGAAAACUGGUCAAAGUUCAAAGUCGUGUUCAGAGACCUGGUAGAUAACACAGCCGACCCUCCCGCCAUUAAGCUUUACCACCUAGACAAGGCCCUGGUGGGCAGUGCCGCUGGAAUUAUUGAUGCCAAGACGAUCAACGAUGGCAAUUACAAGCAUGCCUGGGAGAUACUGCAGGAACGGUAUGAGAACCUACGACACAUGGUAGGAACUCAUAUCCAUGGCCUCUUCAGUCUCAGAAAAAUGGCAAAUGAAAACGGUAAAGAGUUAAGAGCACUAGUGGACGAGUGCUCGAGGCAUGUUGAAAACUUGAAAUUCCUCAAUCAAGAAUUCACUGGCAUAUCGGAGCAGUUCGUUGUGCACCUGCUCUCCGAAGCCCUAGAUAAGGAAACAAGAAGACGAUGGGAGACUACCAUCAAGCAUGGAGAGCUUCCAUCAUACGAUGCAACUAUCAAGUUUCUGAAGGAGCAGUGUUUCAUCUUGGAGAGAUGUGAAACCUCCAAUUCAAAGGAGAACCAACCAGCAAAGAAGUCUGUUAAGAGUACUGGUCAGCACUCACUGGUUGCCACGUCCGCCAGCGAGUCAAAGUUCAAGUGCGAGUUCUGCGGUGAUUCCCAGCACAAAGGGUUCAGGUGUCCCCAGUUUUUAGCCAUGUCCGUUCCCCAGCGACUCGCGAAGGUGCGAGAAAGGAACGUUUGCUUCAACUGUCUUAGGAAGGGACAUCGCGGAUCAGACUGUCCUUCCAAUGGAACGUGCGUUAAGUGUCAGCGUAAGCACCAUAGCCUAUUGCAUGCGGACAGUCAGCCUUUUAAAGCAGCGGAAAUUCCCGACGAAACGAAGUCAUCCAGACCAGCAGCACAGGUUCAAGCACCGAAAGCGGAUGAGCAACGGCCGUCUACUAGUACACAAGUGACGACUGCAGCUUGCUCAACAAACAAGGGACUAGUAGUUCCAUCGGUCCUACUGCUAACCGCAGUCGUAAACGUGAUGGACAGAAACAAUCACCCACACCCCUGUCGUGUUUUAUUGGAUUCUGCUUCCCAGGUAAAUCUGAUUUCACAAGGCAUGGCAGACCGUCUCGGUUUAGAUGGAUAUCAUACAAACGUUAGAAUUGCUGCAGUUGAUGGAAUGCUGUCUCGUACUGACAAGGGCAUCGAAGUGCAGAUCCGAUCCAGAUACCUGGACUAUCAGCUGAAGCUCAAUUGCUUGAUAACCAAAAGGCUGACAUCAAAUCUUCUAGUUUCGAAUAUAGACAUCCGUUCAUGGGAGAUUCCAGCUGGAGUUCAACUGGCCGAUCCAUCAUUCAAUUCUACUGGCGGGAUUGACAUGCUAAUCGGCAAUCAAUGGUUCUUUAAGUUACUUUUACCAGGGCGCAUCAUACUUUCCGAAGAGCUUCCUAUCAUAACUGAAACGAAGUUCGGUUGGGUGGUAGGUGGUACACAUUGCAGCGAAGCCAUUCAGGAUAAUGUCGUGUAUUCACAUUCGGUUACGAUCGAGGAACUUUGCGACUCGAUUCAGCGAUUUUGGGAAGUAGAGAGCGUUCCCCAGCAAUUCCAGUCAAGCACCGAAGAGGAUGAAUGUGAAAGGCACUUCAUAGCAACACACCGAAGAGAUGAAACAGGAAGAUAUGUGGUGCAAUUGCCAUUAAGAGAUUCACUGGAGCAGCUCGGAGAAUCCAGAUCGUUGGCACUCCGACGAUUCUUCGGGUUAGAGAAACGUUUUGCCCAACAACCAGAGUUAAAACGGCAAUACGUAGACUUCAUGCAGGAGUACGAAUCCUUGGGUCACUGCAAGGAAGUAUAUGAGAAGAAUGACGCACCAGGGAUGAGAAAGUGCAAGGGCAACGUGCACGGACAUAUCAAGGAUCUAGUGAUUACCAUCAAAUCCGCCGUAGCAGCAGCCGAAUGCGAACAUAUGGCGUUACUAGAGCGAGCUGAAAACGCCGAAAAGGCGCUGAAGUCCACAGUGAUAGAAGAAGCAGAAGCCUGUGAAAAGAAUAAGGGAAACGCCAGGAGAGGAGGAGGAACCGAAGAGGCCCAGGAAGGUCGGUGA